GGCGGCAGUGGCGAUCAGUCAGGACUCGACGAUGGUCCGUCACGCGUUCUUUGCGUUCUCAGCAGCGCUGUUCUUCGCAGCGGCCGCCGGCCAGUCGGACGUGGACGGCUCGUCCGCUUCGUCGUACCGCUCGAACGUGGCCGACGGGCUCAGGGCCGCGGCCGGGUACCGGACGGGGGUGGCCGCCGACGCCGAUGACGGCGGUGCGGCCGGCGGCGUGUACAGGUUGCCGGCCGGCGUGACGCCCGUGUCGUACGCGCUGCGCGUGGACACCGACAUGGACAACCUGUCGUACUCGGGCGGCGUGGACAUCGCCAUCGUCUCGGAGGUGACGCCCAAGCUGUGCCGGAUCGUGCUCAACGCCAAAGACCUGCGGGUGACCGACGUCCGGGUGACGGACGUGAACACGGGCACGCGGCUGACGGUCGCCGACCGGUGGUUGGCCGACGACGACGAACAGCUGAUCGUCACGCUCGAAGGCCGGUGCCUGUUACCCGAACGGCGGUACGAGGUGGCCGUCGACUUCCAAGCGCCGCUCCGGGACGACAUGUCGGGCUACUACAGGAGUUCGUACCUGGAAGGCAACGUCACCAAAUGGUUGGCCGUGACAAAAUUUGAACCUACGCACGCAAGAAAAGCAUUUCCCUGUUUCGACGAACCCGCGCUCAAAGCACCGUUCACCGUGUCCAUCAAAAGGCGGUCAGAUCAAAUAUCUCUGUCCAAUAUGCCUUUGUCGAAUUCCACUAAAAUACAAAAUACAGACAUGUACUGGGAUCAUUACAUGGAGACUCCUCCGAUUUCCACGUACUUGGUGGCGUUUUUCGUGGGCGAAUUUUACGCCAUGAAAACGCGCAACAUCGGAAUAUACACGCACAGGCGUUACGUGAAGCAGGCCGAAUAUAUUGCGGACAAAUCGCCUAAACUACUCGAAGCGAUGGAGAAAUUCACCGGAGUGGAUUACACUUUGCCCAAAUUGGAUUUGCUGGCGAUUCCGGAUUUCGCGGCAGGUGCGAUGGAGAAUUGGGGCUUGAACACAUACAGGGAAAGGCUGUUACUGUUAUCGGAAGACUCCAAAACGAAAAACAAAGAGUUUGCGACGACAGUAGUACAACACGAACUCUCUCAUCAGUGGUUUGGAGAUCUGGUGACGUGCGCGUGGUGGGACUAUUUGUGGCUGAACGAAGGUUUCGCAACGUAUUUCGAAUAUAUGGCAACUAAAACGGUUGAACCGGACUGGCGACUGGAGGACGUGUUUGUAUACGAAGUGCAUCAAUCGGCCCUGGAAGCUGACCAAAGCCCGACGCAUGCAAUAUCCGGUUCCGUCGAAACACCGGCGCAGAUUAAGGGUAUGUUCGAUGACAUAUCCUAUAGCAAAGCGGGUGCUGUGCUCCGGAUGUUACAGUACGCGGUGACAGAGGAACAUUUUAAAAAAGCGUUGAACCUAUAUCUGAAAAAUAACGAGUUUAAUGCGGCCACUCCCGAAGAACUGUGGAACGCGUUCGAAAACGUUCUCUAUGACGCCGAAUUUGAUGUUGGAGAAAACGUGACCGUCACCGAAUUCAUGAGGUCUUGGACGGAGCAGCCCGGUUACCCGUUGGUCGAGAUCGUCAGAGACAACUCCACAUUCGUCGUAACUCAGAAACGGUUUUUGGUUUAUGGGUCUAAUGAUACUGUCAACAAUAAUGUGACAGAAUGGAUUAUCGGUCUGACUUACACGACGCAGAGUAGGAAGGAUUUCAACGACGUUUUGCCCAAGACUUGGCUGAAGGAAAACAAAACAGUCUUGACAGAUCUAGAUGGAACCGGAUGGUAUAUUUUCAACUUACAGUCAAUCGGAUUUUAUAGAGUUAAUUACGACGAAGAAAAUUGGAACGCCUUAAUUAGUCAGCUGCAUGACGAUUGCAACGAAAUACACGUGUUGAAUAGGGCUCAGCUGAUAGACGACGCGUUUAAUUUAGCUUUAGCGAACCGAAUGGAUUAUGCACAGGUUUUGAAGUUGUCAGAAUAUUUGAUAAAUGAAAACGACCCAGUUCCGUGGUAUUCAGUUCAAAACGGAUUCUCAUACUUGAUGAACCGUAUGAGACGUUGUCCGAACGGUUACAAGAAACUUAAAGCUUAUGUGGGGUACUUGGCCGGAUUGAUAUACUCGAAAACCGAAGAUCUCGUCGUAAACCUCAACAGCACGGACCACGCCGUCAACACGGGCUGGAACUCGUUCUCGAGUUGGGCGUGCAAGCUGGACAACGAGCAGUGCACGAAAUCGGCUUCGACUUACUUCCAGAAAUGGCGUCGGGGCGAAAAUAUACCAGCCGACAUCAGGGACGCGGCGUUUUGCGUCGGAGUGAAAUACGGCGAUUCGGAAGUGUGGUACAACGUGCUCGACGUGUACGUUCGAUCCGAGUCGGCAUCCGAUCGACAGUCCGCUCAGUUGGCGUUAGCUUGUUCCAAAGACCCUGUCCAACUGUCGAAGUAUUUGGACUUCAUGUUUGAAGGGUACAACGGCCCGAUUCUGCCACAAGACUUUAGGGUGAUAUAUCGCACGUUGGCGUCGACGCCACAAGGCAUUGGGGCGAUGAUCGAGUUCUUGACCACCAAACUCGAUCGCAUCGUAAACGAAGUAAUCUACGGGGAACAAGUCGCCACGUCUAUAUACGCGCUGUUGGCUUCCCGGGUGGCUCGCGACGAUGAAAUACUUAAGAUCGACGACCUGAGGAAAAACUCUUCGGUUCCGGAACGCAUUAGGCAGCGGUUCGACGCGUCUUACCGCGACCGAGUGGACACCAACUUGGCGUGGUUCGACUCGCACUAUUCGACGAUCGGCGAAUGGUCCGCGGCCGCCGUGCUCAGACUCGGUUUGUCGGAAGACACGACGCCGCCACCGCCGCCGCCGCCACCACCGUCACCAUCACCACCCGGCGGUGACGACCCGUCCAAAACGUGGACGGCCGAAACUUCCGCCGGCGCCGUGGACGCGUCCACUCGGUUUGUCUUGAUCGCGGCCGCGGCGGCGUUGUGGCUGUGCUCGACGCGAAGUCUACUGCUGUGGACUUAAGUCGGCGGACGUGAGCGAAACCGCCAAAAACCGUUUCGUCCCUCCGACGGGGUCGUGGGUCGUGUCGAACGGUCGGACCGUAAUAUGAUGUUAUGGAUCGCGUGACGUUCACGCGAAUAGACCGACGACACAUAUUAUACAAUAUAGACAGUUUUACGAGCGUAAAAUUAUAGCGCAUAGUGAGAGUAGUGAAUUAUGUUAAAAAAUAUUAAAUUUUAUAUAGUAAAAAACUUCAUUUAUAGACAAAUUAAUUGGGAGUUGUUGCGAGUCGUUCAUUAAUAUUGUUCGUUAUAAUGUAUUAUGUAUUAUAUUAUAAUAAUAUGUUUAUAUGUUUUAUGUAAAUUGUAGGUAGGUACUUGUUUGUUUUGUUUCAGACAAAUGUCUAAUUACUGUUUGUAUAAAAAAUUGCGUCUAUAUUUUUAUAAGAAAUAUAAUCAUACAAUAUGCAUAUUGUAAUCUACAUUAAAAUAUAUAGAUACUAAAUUA